GUUGGCUCUUAACUGUGCAAAAUAACAGUUUGUUUAUAUUUUGGGAUUUAUGUCAUCUAGUGAUGUGUUAUUUAAUCGCAGAUAAGGCAAAUAGUCUUGUAUUGCUUCGCAUGUAUAGGGUUUAGGUAGCGGUUGCAUUUGUAUAUCGUGAUCUUCAGCUCCAAAGGGAAUUACAUUAGCUAUAUAAUAGUGCAAAUAAUGGAGCAUAUUUCUGCGGGAGACAAUGUGCUACUCUUGUGGGCUGGACAACCCGACGCCAAAAUGUUGACCAGUUUUUUGACUAAAGCCCAACACGCCUCAGGAAAAGAUGUUAAUGUGGAAAACGUGGAAGUGUAUGAGACACGCAGAGACAGCUUCGAAGUUGUAUUUGUUGGUGCGGUUAGUCCGAGAAUGGCUGUAACUUUUGACGACUGGAUAAAGAUUUAUGAAUCGCUCAAGCCUUCGGGUAAGAUUGUACUUACGGGCAAAUGUGAUGCCUCAGCUUUAAGACAGCUGAAGUUGAUGGGUUUUGUGAACAUCAGUGGCGUCCAAGAGGUCGACGGGGCUUUACAGGUUACCGGUGAAAGGCCAAACUUCAAGUCGGGAUCAAGAGUGCAGUUGAAAAUUGAUGCGGGUAAUUUAAGCAACGGUUCGGCCGAAAAUACGAGAAAAAUAUGGAUGCUAGAUGCUGACGAUAAAGAUGAUAUAGUCGAUGAAGACGCAUUACUCGAGGAAGAAGAUAAACAGAAACCAAACAAUGCCGAUCUCAAGUGUGCAACAACAGGGAAGAAAAAAGCCUGCAAAAACUGUACCUGUGGGCUGGCUGAAGAGCUCGAUAAGGAGGCACAAAUGAGGAAGGCCGCCAUUGAGCAACCGAAAAGUUCCUGUGGCAGCUGUUACCUUGGAGACGCUUUUAGGUGUGCAUCUUGCCCGUAUCGUGGUUUACCUGCGUUCAAACCCGGAGAGAGGGUUCAGCUUGAUCCUGACCUAUUAAAACAGGACGCCUAAGUUGUUCUAGAUUCGCCGAGGCUAGCAAGUCGAUACACGCGCCUAUUUCUAAUGUUUAUCUAUAUUUUCUCCGUAUUUAUGUUCCAUAGAUAGAGACAUUGAGAGCCCAGUGUAUCGAUCUGGAGGGCGCAAAAUACCAGAAAUAUUUGUAUCAUUGUAUUCUUGUAUCAUUGUAUAUCAUAUAUGCUGGGAAACCAACA